AUGGACACAGAAGAACAUGUCAUAUUGAAGAAGACACUUGCCUGUCCAAAUGACGAGUCAAAGAUGACGAGCAUUAAUGCAGUUGAAAUGGUAGCAAGUAAAAGUGGGAAUCGAGUACGAGAAUCUUUAUCUCUUCGAAGCACUGCUGCAAUGUCAAUCCACCGGCAAGAGCCUCGUCCUAUCCGUCGCCAGAUGAGUGCCAAAGCUGGGCGGAAUAAACAUUCUGAAGCAGAUACUGCUGCUCCUAGUUCUACAGGACUACCGCUGCCAACACAACUUUCAAGGUCAUCAUCGCUACGUCAACCAACAGGUUUGAUAUCCAGGGGGAGUGUGGCGACCUCAUUGCAGUCGAGGAACGCCUCUAUCGUCAAGAACUCGAUGAAGGGAGAUAGCUUGGGGAUAAAAUCUGUACUCUCUCCGGGUCUGGCGCAAAAAGACAUGUCAACCACUCCCCCAAUGCCAAUGCACGGACAUUCAUCCACUAGAUCAAACCCUGCAUCAAUACAUCACCAAAGCCGGUCAAGCAGCGCAAUUGUGGAGAAGGAGCCUGGAAAGAGAUUUCCGGGUACCCAGGAUCGCUUACGGCCUGAAGCACGACCACAAUUCUCUACUUAUCAGCAGCAUUUCACUCCUAAGAAGCAGAACCUCCAACUUGAGCCUGUAAAAGUGCCACCGAGCACUACUCAAACCGGCAUGGAUUUUAACUACAUCAUGGCGCUGCAAAAUGAAUUGCUACAGCUUCAAUGGAUGUUUCUUUCUUCACGCAAAACCCUGAAAGCCUGGAGUGAAAGUGGAUUCAAGAAGAUAAAGGAGCAACAAGAAAAGCAGAUUCAGGAUGCCUGCAAUGUGAAAUCAAUUGAACAAAGCCAGCAAGACCGUGUCAACGGAGCAGCUCUUCGAGAUUGGCUAGCCAAAGAUAAGGACCAGCAGUGGUUCAACAGGGUCGAGUCACUUUCUCAAUGCGUCCAGACGUUAACCGAUUUGACCCAGCCCUACGAAAGACUCUCUGACGUAAUGAAUCAAUUCGAGGCAUGGUAUGAGAUUACGAGAAAUAUACUCGACGGUAGGGUGGGUGAUAGCCAGAGGGAAGAAUUCCGAUGCAUCCGGCCUCUAGGACAACCCUGGGCUGAAACAGUUGCAGCACUGGUUCAAGUAUUGGAGUCGUGCCUUCGGAACCUUGAACAACUUGGCGGUGGAGAUGGUUCAAGCGGAUUAGAACUUGUCCUGGAUGGACAUACACGCUUCAACAAGACCAUACUUGAGGAACUGGAGGCAAUGCAACUUAUCCAUUCAACGGUUCUGAAGCAAGAAAAUGACUGGAUUAGGGUUGAAUUGUCUGGCAUUUUGCUUACGAAGAAUAAGUUUGAGGUGUCCCAGUGCGACCCGCAACGUCCGGGCGCUUGGGACUGUCUACCUUGA